AUGGGGAAGAAGAAGAACAAGAGCAAGGUGAGAAAUGCACGUGAUGCCAUUGGUUAUCAUACGUCACAUUCUGACCAUCCACACGCCUCUGUUCAUACGUCCCUGUGGUCUCUGUGUGCCUACAGAAGCAGUCACAGGCCGUCCUGGCAGCACCCCCCGCCCACCAGCCCUCCCAAGCCCCACCAUCCCCCGGCGAUAACUCGCCAACAGCGAACGCCGAUGGGGCUCAGCCUGCCGCACCUGAUGGCCCCAACCUCCCAGCGAGAGACCACCCAGCCCCCGACGACGAGCCAGGCCUCGACAACGACCCGGCGUCAGCAGACGACAGCAGCACCCCGGCCCAGCAGACGCCCCAGGACACCGACACACCAGCCAAGGAGGACGGAGAGGGGCAGUCAGCCGGGCAGGACGACGAGCGGCUGAAGAAGUACCUGAAGGAGCACGAGUACAGCUUCAGCAUCAUCAUCAAGGCGAUCAAGAAGUGUCGGAAAAACCUCGAAGCCAUCGCUCGGCUGGAGGCGCGGCAGCCCCACACGUUGCUGCGGGAGGAGGCCGAGAAGGUCAAGGGCAAGUUGCAGAAGGAACAGGAGAUGGCGAUGCUGGUCAAGUUGAGGGACGAGUGCCUGAAGGCUGCGAGGGAGGGCAUGGAGAGGGAGGGGGCGAAGGGCAAGGGUCAUGCCACGACCCAAACGGAUACCGUCGCUGUCGAGGUGAGCAGGGAAGGGAGGCAGGCCACGGAAGAACCUCUGUGUCUAUCACCUUCAUCGGUUUCUGUGUGUCUGAAGAGUACUGAGGUGCAGACGGAGGAGACGCUAUCGCCUCCCAAUGGCGUUGACGAGUCGCCUGCUGACAACGCUGCUGAGGAGCCGCCUGCUGACGAGCAGCCGCCAACUCACCAGGUGGAUAAACGACAUACGCUACACACGACAGUUCUGACAGCUCUCAAAGUGCCGCUUCUGUCAUCUCGCUUGCCCCUUCUGCAGCAGCCGUGUCCGGCGCGCGACACACCGCCCGAUGAGGCCGCCACUAUGGAGACCAAGCAGUGGUUGGGCCAGAACGUCGAGCUGCACGACGAGGCCUUCAAGCCUGUUGCGUACUUCGGCACGCAGCCGGAGGGCGGCGAUCGGCCGGGCUGCUACAGCCCGCCCCCCAACUAUCACCUGGAUGCGGACGCCGUUGGUGCCCCGCACUUCGGCCAAGUGGCUGGUCAGCAGCAGCCGCCAGUGGAGCCACAGCCACAGCCACAGCCACAGCCACAGCCACAGCAGGAUGGCCAGGGAGUACAGCAGCAGCAGCACCAGCAACUGCACCAGCAAGAGGCUGAUGUGGUGGUGGGUCCCCUCUCUUACCCUGCAGCAGCAAUCGGCCAGUCCGGCGUGCAGGAGGCGUCCCCCAUUGGUAUUGCUGCUCAGCCCCAGCUGCAACCAACGCCCUCGUUCGCGCCGCCGUCCAUGCCCAACUCGGCCCAUUUCCUCGCUCCCCUGCCACCCAUCGCCGUGGCCGUGGAGACGCCGCAGUUCCCCCUGUCUGAGGCGCAGCAGGGCGCUGCUGAUGGAGGGGAUGUGGAGGGGCAGGGGGAGGGUGCGGGUAUGUUGGCGCCUCCGGCUGUGGAGCAGGCUGUCGGUGGCCCGGUGAUGCCCUUCAUGCCGCAGCAGAUGAUGGCCCCGGUGCCCCCAGCGCCCGUUUUGCCGCACCCCUUCAAUCUCAUGAUGGCCCUCGCGGCGAUGGGCAACGGCAUGCAGCCCAGCGUCAUGUUGCCCAUGAU